AUGGAAGGCAGGACAAAAGGCCGAAACCUGCCUGCAGCGAGUCUGGCAAUGCUGGAGGUUCCGGCGGUAGAACCAAGUGAGGUCCUGAUGCCCAAAGCUUGGCUUCAGCCACUGGUAGCGACACUCUUUGAUGCAAGCGGCGAGCAUGCAUCCCACGCCGUCCAGUUCUUGUUUCCACCCAAGGAGAUCUUGCUACUACAGCUGCCUGGGCCCGGCCGGGUGGUAAAAACAUGCUUCGACGCCCACAUGCAGGCAGAGCUUGAUCCAAGAGAUGGAGCGAGCCGUAUGGCAGCCGAAGCCGAACAGGCAGAUCACAAAUCGAUUGAUCCCGAUGCAAUCGCCCGGGAGGAACAGCAUUUGCCCAAAGAGGCAAUCCCGUCCAGACAAGAUUGCCCAGAGAUACACUGCGAGAAGUGUGCUGAGUGCCCGUCGUGCCCCACCUGCCCCUCCUGUCCACAUGGUUUUAGGCAGCCGGAAGGUGAUGAAGGCACGCCACCACCAGUCGCAGGGAAGGUGGUCUGCAACCGGAUGGAGAACAACUGUCCAUUCUGUCCGGCGUGCCAGUGUCCGGAGUGCCCUAAGAAGUGUCAGCCUUGCUUGAAGAGGGUGCCAAACGACCCGCCGACAGUGAGACUGGAUGCGAAUGGCCAAGUGAAAGCUGCCGACGGCUCACCGGUGAACCCGCUUGUGCAAGCGAUCAACGACGACGUGAAAGAGCAUGCAUAG